AUGUAUCUAAGUCACUGCAUGGCAAUUUUCCUGAUUUUUUCAUGCAAUGGAAAAAUAAAAAGUUUUAAAAUUUAUGUCGAAUUUGGUGAGCUGAGCCAGUACUGCUGCGAAAACACAUUCCAAGAAUCAUCGUUGCACUUACCACAUUUGUUAAUGGCAGCAAGAAAUUUUGCGUCCGUCAACUUCACCUGGCAACCACAAAUAGUGGUUGACAGUAAGCCAUUCAGGAAAUACAAUCUGAAGAUAUGUAAGAAAUACAUCAACCUCUGUCUCGACGAUAAGAACCUACGCUACCAGUACGACCAUUCAAGUAUUAAUUUCACGUAUUUGGCGCCGUCGAGUUGUUACUUUGUGUUUGCCUGGCUGGGAUCGACUAAUUGGAAUUAUAGUGAACAUUUUUGUACACGGGCUUUUCCUCUUUUAACGGUUAAACAAAGUUUCUCCCACGUAGUUCAGAUUGUCAAUAAAAACGCGUCCCACAUAACGUUUAAUGUUUCGACGAGAGAUUCAACCGAAAUUCAAAAAUCAUCGCACGAAGACCACUUUAAGAUUUUUGUGCUAGGCGUAUUUGAAAAAGAUCAAAAUGUUACAAGUGAACACUUUUUUCACAAUGUAUUUACAGCAGAUUUGAAACUCUGCCACAUGAACCCAGGAGUCUUCUACAUCAACGAUCACAUCGCAGAUUAUCGACGGAUCGGCUUUUACACAAUUGACAGAUCAGACCUGAUGAAUAAUUAUAAAGCUAUAACCUUAAACAAGUUGCUGCUAAAUGAAACAAGAUUUGAAUAUCAUUUGUGGAUUGGUCACAUAAUAUUUAUUGAUGGUGCAAUCGACAUUUAUUUUUCAAAAAUAGUUGAUAUACAGCAUUAUGCAUCCACCUAUAAAGAAGCUGUUGCCGAUCUUAAUGUUCAUUUCAUGUUCAUCGUUCCUGUCAUCGUUGCUGUUCUUAUUAUUGUUGCGCUAACUUCCUUUCUGCUAAUCAGAUGGAAGAUGAAUGUCCCAUUUAAACUCAUAAAUUCAAAUGAAAAUAAUACUUUCCAUCAAUCAUCGACAUACAUGUGCGACUUACUCCACGACAGGAAAAACUUCAAAACACUGGAAGAAGAAUUUUAUUCGUUGCAAAAACCAAAUCCACAACCAGAAUGUUUGAUUGCGUCGUUACCGGAAAAUCUUUCAAAAAACAGGUACAAAAAUUAUUUUCCAUUUGAUCAGAAUAGAGUUGUUCUACCACCGGCUUGUUGCUCUCAAAGUGAUUACAUAAACGCCAGUUUCAUAUCCACCUUGUAUCACUUCAACAAAUUUAUCACGGCACAGUGCCCUCUUCCCAACACUGUUGAAGAUUUUUGGACGAUGAUUUGGGUUAACAAAAUUUCAAUUUUAAUUUUACUGGGAAAUUUUGAAGAGACCUUUUUUUUCAAAUACUGGCCCAAAAAUUUAAAAAAAGAAGUGAAGUAUAAUUCUAUGAACGUCAAACUGUUGUCUGUCGUACAAACGAGUCCUUUGUCGUUUCAACAUAUCUUUAAGCUUCAAAAAGGGAAUGUUCAACUUGCUCAAACAGUUGAACAAUGGUCUUACUCAUCUUGGACUCCUGAAUUGUUGCCAGGAAAUUUUGAAAGUUUUUCAAGUUUUAUAAUGACAUUAAAAAUUAUAUUUAAAACGAACAAAAGUCCGGUGGCAGUUGUAUGUGAUGAUGGCAGUCAGAAGUGCAGUCUUUUCCUGGCGACAGUAGAAGCCACAAACCAUCUGGCGAGGCGUGGUGUGGUGGAUAUUCCAAACAUCGUCAACAAGUUACGCUCCCAGCGUGCUCACUCAAUUGAUUAUUUCGAUCAAUAUUGUACUAUUUACGAAAUUUUGCAUCAAUUUAUUAAAUCUGGAUAUUUCAACUGA